GUGGUGAUCGUGGAUCAGGUGCGGUGCAUACCGGCGCUGGAGUUAUCAGGCAUACCAUGGGUGGCCACCUGUAGUUUCAAUCCAUUGGUUUUCUUACCGGAUGAGCGCACACCUCCUUAUAUGUCAGGUCUAUCGAUAACUAGCCCUAAAAGCGAGUGGAAAGCCUUCAAGAAUGCCAUAAACUCAGCUGAAUAUCCUAAUUGGAAAUUAUUUAACGAUUGGGUGGUAUCUCGUGGUAUAACCACUCUGGAAGUCAAUCGGUUUAAUAGGGAC